AUGGCAACCUUGCUCCAAACACAUCGAGUUUCGCCGCCGCCGCCGCCGCCGCACGGCGGCGAGCUCACGCUCCCGCUCACCUUCUUCGACAUGUUUUGGGUCCAUUUCCACCCAAUCCGCCGCGUCCUCUUCUACGACCACCCUUGCUCCGCCUCCGAUUUCCUCAACGCCGUCGUUCCAAACCUCAAACAAUCACUCUCCCUCACCCUCAAACACUUCCUCCCCGCCGCCGGCAACCUUCUCUACCCCAACGACACCGACAAAAACAUGCCGUUGCUCCGCUACGCGGCCGGCGACUCCGUCCAGCUCACGAUCGCUGAAUCCGGCCUCGACUUCGACGAGCUCACCGCGAGCUGCGCCCGGGAAUCCGAUCAGUUCUACGACUUUGUGCCGGAGCUCCCGCCGGUGAAAGACGACGGCGACUACAAACUAGCCCCUCUCAUGGCCGUGCAGGCGACGCUCUUCCCCGGCCGCGGCAUCGCCCUCGGCAUCGUCCAUCUUCACUGCCUCGGCGACGGCAGAUCGGUUAACGCGGGCUUGAUUUUCGGCUGGGCUUCGAUCAACAAAUUCGGCGGAGACGAAGAGUUUCUCAAAGAAAGAGGUGAAUCUUUGCCGAUUUUCGAUCGAUCUUUGAUUAAAGAUGUAGACGGAAUCAAUACUAUUUUUUGGAAUCAAUUGAAACACGUUCCGUUCAAGCUAAGAUCUUUUCCAUUGCCGACGAACCGGGUCCGAGCGACGUUCGCUCUGACCCGGUCCGACAUCGAAAUGCUCAAGAACCGGGUUCGAGCGAAGAAAUCCGGUCUGGACCGGGUUUCCUCGUUCGUGGUCGCAGCCGGCUACGCCUGGAGCUGCAUGGCGAAGUCCGAAGCCGCCGACGGGGACGACGACGCCGAGGCCGAGGAGCUGUUCGUCAUCCCCGCCGACGUGAGGGGGCGACGGAACGCCCUCAUCGAGCCGCCGGUGCCGGCGAACUACUUCGGGAACUGCAUAGGGUUCGCGGUGGCGAGGGUGCGGCGCGGGGAGCUGGCGGGGGAGGGGGGUUUCGAGGCGGCGGCGGAGGCCGUGGCGGAGGAGAUCAAGAACGGGGUCGACGACGCGGCGGGGCUGCUGAAGGGGGCGGGGGACUGGAUAUCGGAGGUGAAGAAGUGUAAGGAGAUGAAGAUGAGGUGUUUUGGGGUGGCGGGAUCGCCGAAAUUUGACGUGGCGGCAGCGGAUUUCGGGUGGGGAAAGGCGAGGAAGCUGGAAAACUUGACGCUUGAUGCGGUUGAGUAUACGAUGUGGUUGGGUAAUGCCGGAGCUGGUGGUUUGGAGUUUGGGUUGCCGUUGCCUAAGAAAAGAAUGGAAGCUUUUGCUGCUGUAUUUGCAGAUGGUCUCAUUGAAUAA